AUGCUGUUCGGUUCAUCGGUACUUGAAGUGAAUGAGGAACGAAUCCGAAUAGAACUACAGGAUUCAUUAAUUAAAGAAGUGGGAAAAGAACAGACGUCAUCGCCGAAUGGACCAAUCCGAGGAACGGAUACAGAACAAAAGCUACAGAAUCCUGUAUCGCCAAAAAAAAUAUGGAUGAAAAGACAUGCAAUGGAUGAGACGAAUCAAAAGGUGCAUGGUUAUUCGGAAUGCAACAAAACGUUCACUCAAUCAUCCGAUCUAGAAAGGCAUUUGAUAAAUCGUACUGGUGAAAAGCCGCAAAAUCAUUUGUUGACAAAUAUCGGUAAAGAAACACAGUCACCGAAUUUACUAAUCCAGAGAUCGAAUGCCGAACAAGAAUCACGACAUCCUGCAUUUUGGUUGGAAAGGCGUAUGAAGGCUCAUGUCAGUGAAAAGCCGUACGGUAGUUCAGAAUGCCGAAAAAGUGUCCCUCACCCAUCGAACUUACGAAAACAUAUGAAUAAUCAUACUGAUGAAAAACCACACAGUUUUCUGAAAUGCAGAAGAAAUUUCUCUCGAUCAUCGGAUUUGGAAAGACAUAUGACGAUUCAUACCGGUGAAAAGCCGUAUAAUUGUACAGAAUGUGGGAAACGUUUCUCUGAUCCAUCGGCAUUUAGAGGACAUAUGAAGGUUCAUACCGGUGAAAAGCCGUACAAUUGUUCAAUAUGUGGAAAACGUUUCCCUCAUUUGGCAACUUUUAGAGAACAUGUGAGAAUUCAUACCGGUGAAAAGCCGUACAAUUGUACAGAAUGUGGAAAACGUUUCUCUUGUUUAUCGGCUACUAAGAGGCAUAUGACGAUUCAUACCGGUGAAAAGCCGUAUAAUUGUACAGAAUGUGGGAAACGUUUCUCUGAUCCAUCGGCAUUUAGAGGACAUAUGAGGGUUCAUACCGGUGAAAAGCCGUACAAUUGUACAGAAUGUGGAAGACGUUUCUCUUAUUCAUCAAAUGUGCCAAUUCAUAUGUUGACCCAUACCGGUGAAAAACCGCAUGGCUGUCCAAAGUGCAAAAAAAAUUUCUCUCAAUUAAUACAUUUGAAAACGCAUAUGAGAAUUCAUACCGGUGAAAAGCCGUACAAUUGUUCAAUAUGUGGAAAACGUUUCCCUCAUUUGGCAACUUUUAGAGAACAUGUGAGAAUUCAUACCGGUGAAAAGCCGUACAAUUGUUCAGAAUGUGGAAAACGUUUCUCUUAUUUAUCGGCUAUUAGGAGACAUAUGAGGAUUCAUACCGGUGAAAAGCCGUACAAUUGCACAGAAUGUGGAAAACUUUUCUCUGAUCCAUCGACUUUUAGAGAACAUCUGAGGAUUCAUACUGGUGAAAAAUACAGUUGUUACGUAUGCGAUAUAAGAUUUUCUCGACGACGUGUUUUGAAUAGUCACAUGAAAACCCAUGGGAAAAAGAGUUGCAAUCGGACUGCAUGCAGCCUAAGCAAUUCAUUAUAG